UGUUUUGGACUCAGACUGGCGUGCUGGUGGAGGAAAAGAACAGGUCAACACUGUUCACAUUUGCUCUGCAUCUAUUUUGCACAGAUCGUCUCACUAAUGAUUAACUAUGGGAGAAUACUGAAAACAUAGACACACACAUAUUAGUCAUUUGUGUUUUUACUAGCAACUGUGCCAACUGCAAACCACAAUAUAAACAAUAUUAUUUCCAAACUGGCAGGUCUGGCUUUGCUGUUCUGCACCGGAUCCGACUUGUGGAUGAUCAAAAGCGUUCGCCCUUGACGACAGAAAUUAGAUCAGUAACAGACAGCAAAGGUUAAAAAGCAGACUCCUUUCUGCUCUUCUGCUGGCACUGUCAGACUGAACGACUGGGAACUCCUAUCAGUAGCACCAAGCACGAUAUCGAGCUACUGCUGCUAGUUUGCUAUUAGUAUUUCUUCGGUUCCGAAGGAUGGAUUGAUCACACACAGGUGGGGAAACUGCGAACAUUUAACUAGGUGAAGCACAGAAAGGAUCAAAAUCUAGAAAAAUGUAAUGGCAGAAGCGAAGGGAAGCACAGAAGGAGAGGAUGAUCCAAACCGCUAUGAGGAAUACGAAUGCAAGAUCUGCUACAAUUACUUCGAUCAGAAUCGAAGGGCUCCCAAGAUUCUGGAAUGCUUGCAUACAUUCUGUGAGGAGUGUCUGAUCACGCUGCAUCUCCGGGAAGAUCGGCCAUGGCGCAUAGCUUGCCCCAUCUGUCGCCACCGAACUGCUGUACCGGAAUAUAAGAUUCAGAACCUACCAAACAACACCAAGGUUGCAGAUGCUUUCCCUCUUUAUAUUGAGGCUGACCCUUUGCCUCAGGACCUUCUGCCCCCACAGCCACCCCAGCGUCACAGUGCUCUUCAUCUCCAGCAGUCACUGCAGCAGGGGGCUGGGGUUAGCGGCGUGCAGCUAGGGUCCGCAGUGUCGCAGCCCCUACCAGGCCCUGGCCCCCAACCCUCUGGCUAUGAGAGCUGCCAGAACUGCAAACGAGCUGCACUGACAGCUGGCUGUGUUUGUGUUGUUUUCUCCUUUCUUGCCAUGAUCGUAUUGCUUUUUACGGGCCUCAUUUUUGUCAACCACUACAACAACUCACCAUCGCCCAUUGGCCCCAUCUGUCUGUCUGCUGCUAGUAUAUUGGCCCUGUUUUCUGUUGUCGUCACGUGGCUCAUCUGCUGGCUAAAAUACCGCCCGGAGAGCAACGGACAGGGCAGGGGAAGUCGCAGGGGUAGUAGGCACCGAGCGGCGGUCUCCUUCCUGCGGAGACGGACGUAGGGAGAGGGGCUGGGCCAAGCCAUGGGUGGCACGCUUUGUCGUUUCCCCACCACAAUUGCAGGUACAUCUGUCAUCGCCUACGAGGGACCAGGAUUAAACCACUACUGCCAGCAGCGCCUCCUCUAGACACCUAAUGGUCACACAGGAAUAUCCAAUAUCUGUUACCCACUACACUGUCUUUAAUAUUAUUUUGCUAAGAGAGAGAGAGAGAGAAGCACUGGUCAAAGACUUAGUCCGUUACACCCUUUUUAACGAGUCUGAGUCUACUUUCAUUUUGUUUAGGUGGUAGGUACUUCGCUGGAAUUUAUGUGAAGAAUGUGGCGACUCCUAACCGGGAAAAGCCGAAAAAAGAAGAAGCCAAAACGGUCAAUUUCAGAAUUAAUCAUAACAACGAGAAGCUGCUACCCAGUGUUUUAAGUAAUAUAGAAUGUAGGCCUACGUUUAGCACUGCCUGGUGAUGUUUGUGAGUAGAGUUUUCCUGUGAGAAGCUUGCCUGUACUUGAAAGAUGCGCUCAAGGAAGAGUGGAACUUCUUUUCUGCUGCAUAGGAGACUACCCUUGAGGUCUACAAGAUCCGCCUUUUUCAGGACAAAGGGAGGCGGUCUUCUCUGAACAGUAAAUAUGUUUCUAAUAUUCGGACUGAGGCUUGAGUUUUACACCUCCUUGACGUCUGCAAGGGUCAUGAUAAAUACUGUGGUGGACUAAAUGUGAAGAUAGUAAAAUUGUGAAUGUGAAGAAGGGUGAUAUCGCGAUAUAAUCUAUAAAGAAUGCAUGCUUUCAUGUUCAUGUGUAUCUUAUAAGUUUAUUUGGAUUUCGAAAAACCUUCCCGAGUCCAGAAAUAUGUGCAUUCACCUGAUUCUGGAGCCAGAUAAUAUUUUCAUACUUAUUGAUGUAUUCGUAGCUCUCAACCUUCCAUCUUCAAAAUGAGGAACACUAGCCCUCAUGAUGUGGAACAUGUACUAACAACUUCAG